AUGUCUGUGAAUUAUAUUUACACAAACGCAUGGAAGUGCGUGCAAAGAUGCAUUAAUGAUCACGAGGAUUAUAGGAUGAAAGAAGAAGAUUCGUUUGAAUACAGCACUGAAAACGAUUACAAAAGAGGAAGCGCCAAUGGGGCCGCUGCGAGAAUAAGCGUGGAGAACAUCAUCCUUGUAAAAACCGAUGAGCUGGAGAGAAAAAUCAGGAUUAACUACAAUGUCUUCAAAAACUCCCUUCAUUUUUUUUUGAAAUUCAGGGACUUUCUAAAGGAGCUUGCUGCACUCUCCGAAAAGCUAGUGGUGCAGAUAGAUGAUGUAGAUAAAACUCUUUUUCUCAACUUUCUUCUGGAUAGCUUCAAUCUAUUCGGAGAGGUCGAGGGGCUGAUCGAUGUGUUUAGGCCUACUAGGCUUACUCCUGUCCAAAGGUCGGGACUGACAAGUGAGGAGAUGUUAAGAACAUUAUUUCUUCUGCAGAAUAUCGAUGAUGGAAUGCGGGUGUUUCUGUCGUUUAACGUGUUUGCAAUAUCCAUAUACCAUGGAGAUAGAUACGUAGGAAGCCUUCUCGAUAACAUAUACAAAAAAAUUAUCGUGAAACUCCUUUUCAAGAAGAGGAGCUCUUACGAGGAUCCAUCUCCAGAAGCUCAUGGAAAGCAUGGUGUAGAAAGGCUGGAGUUUGCAAUGAAGAGAUGUAUGAUGGUGAAACCGUUGCUUAAUGGGCUCUAUUUGCUGUUUGACAUAUUUAAUGUUGAUGAUGUUUCUCUUAGGGACAUCUUUCGUAUUCUCCUGACGCUUGUGACCAAAGAAAGAGGGAUGAAGCUUGUAAACUUUUUGGGCUUGAAUGAUCUGUUUAUAUGUGCCGUCAAGUCUAUAUGUGAGGAUUUAGUUCCAUCUCAUCUGCUGAUGAUAGCAUGCAGAGACAAGCUGAAUAUGAAAUAUAAGGCUGCCAGUAUGGGACUAUCAAUUGACUAUGUCUACAACUGGAUUUAUAAGCCUCACCUUACCAUUAUGAUGCCCCAAUGGUUUUCCCGCUCAAGAUCUGAAGGAAGGAAUCUACUUGUGAUGGGGAGGCCUAUUGAGGCAAUAUCAGACAAGGUUACCGUGGAGUUCACUAAGGAAGACAAAGAGUCCAGCAGUGCGCGUGGGCCAGCCUAUUCACCUCUAAGCAGAAGAUUAAGCACCGGCUUGAGAGAUCGAAGCCCAAAUAGAUUCAGAAGUAAGCAAAAGUUGGAUUUUAGCAGUUGA